AUGCUCUCAAGAAGUAUAGCCACCGCCGCCCGCAUGGUGCCCGCCACCAGGGCGCUGAGGCCCCGUUCGCACCCUCUCGUCAUGCUUCCCUCCAUGAUGCAGACCGUUCGCACCUACGCCGAUUCCGUCAUCAAGGUUCCUCAGAUGGCUGAGUCCAUUUCCGAGGGUACUCUCAAGCAGUUUUCCAAGAGCAUUGGCGAUUAUGUCGAGCAGGAUGAGGAGAUCGCUACCAUCGAGACCGACAAGAUUGACGUUGCUGUCAACGCCACCGAGUCUGGCACCAUCAAGGAGUUCCUCGUUGCCGAGGAGGAUACAGUUACUGUCGGACAAGACCUUGUUCGAAUUGAGCUUGGAGGCGCGCCAUCCGGUGACAAGAAGGAGGCCCCCAAGGAAGAGUCCAAGGAGCAGCCCCAGAAGUCCGAGUCUGAAUCAAAAUCCGAAUCAAAACCUGAGCCCAAGCAGGAAUCCGCUCCUGAGCCUAAGAAGGAGUCUGCUCCUGCUCCCAGCAAGCCCGAACCUCCCCGACAGGCCGAGAAGAAGGACUCCAAGCCACAGUCUGCCGCUUCCAGCGGUCCCUCUAUGGGUAACCGAGAAGAGCGCCGUGUCAAGAUGAACCGUAUGCGCCUUCGAAUUGCCGAGCGUCUCAAGCAGUCCCAAAACACGGCUGCUUCCCUGACCACUUUCAACGAGGUCGACAUGUCCAACAUCAUGGAGUUCCGCAAGCUUUACAAGGAGGACGUUCUUAAGAAGACUGGCGUCAAGCUUGGUUUCAUGAGUGCUUUCUCUCGAGCCUGCGUUCUUGCUAUGCGCGAUCUCCCCGCCGUCAACGCCUCCAUUGAGGGACCCAACGGCGGUGACACCAUCGUCUACCGCGACUACGUCGAUAUCAGCGUGGCUGUCGCCACCGAGAAGGGCCUCGUUACCCCUGUCGUCCGAAAUGUCGAAUCUAUGGACAUGAUUGGCAUUGAGCAAUCGAUUGCCGACAUGGGCAAGAAGGCUCGUGACAACAAGCUUACUAUCGAGGAUAUGGCUGGAGGCACCUUUACCAUCAGCAAUGGCGGUGUUUUCGGGUCUCUCAUGGGCACUCCCAUCAUCAACCUCCCCCAGAGUGCUGUUCUUGGCCUCCACGCUAUCAAGGAGCGCCCCGUUGCUGUUAACGGCAAGAUCGAGAUUCGACCCAUGAUGUAUCUUGCUCUCACUUACGAUCACCGUCUGCUGGACGGCCGGGAGGCUGUGCAAUUCCUUGUCAAGGUGAAGGAGUACAUUGAGGAUCCCCGAAGGAUGCUCCUGUAA